AUGAACAGAGGCUACAGUUACAUAACGCUUACGGAUUUUCCUGGCGAAUGUCUCUACGAAAUCUUUCUAUACCUAAAAAAUGAUAAUGAUUCACUUUUCAAUUAUUAUGCUUUGGAUAUUUGGUUAAGCUAUGGAUUAGAGUAUGAAUAUGAACCUCCAACUUUGAGGCAUGUACUAUCCACUGAAGUAUAUAAUUUAUUAUUCACUCAUUGCAAAAGUUUAUGGAAUUUGAGGAUUGGUCAAUGGGAUGACGAAUAUUCCGUAAUGGAUAUUGCUCAAAUUGUAAGAGCUCCACAAACUCUCUCUACUCUUCGUCACUUUGAACUUUGUGGUGACUUUGAUUGGUUAACUUAUGAAGAUCUUGAUAACCUUUCAAAUAUUUUGACUAUAAUGUCCCAUUUUACUUUUGAUCUUCAAUCUUUAAAGAUCGAUAUGUCUUUGGAUGAGGAUAAAUGCUUACUAAAACGUUUAAGAAGGUUAAUCAAAGCUCAAUCCGCUUUAAAAUCUUUUACAUAUUCCCAAAAACAUGGUUGUGUUAUGGACACUAAAUCUAUCAUGACGGCGUUGACAACUCAAUCAAAGAACCUUGUAAAUUUGGUUCUUGAUGAUAUUCCCUUAAAUAUGGCGUGCCUAAAAUUCUUAGAAAAAUUUAAUAACUUGAAAACUAUACAGUUCAUGUUCUGUAAUAUUAAAAGCAGCGAAGUUAAUUAUUGUAAAGAUACCGGAAAACUUAUCGAUGUUGUUCCAGAUGAGGAUGAUGCUGAAGGUAAUGGUGACGAACCGUGGAAAUUGAAUGUGGAGAAAUUGGUAUUUUUGAAAAAUAAUUUUAGGCAGAUGACCAUAAAUUUGGUAAAGAUGACUCAUACUACAUUGAGAGAACUUACGGUUGAUCGUGCAACGGUUGAGUUAUUAACUGAAAUCACACAACGAUGUGUAAAUCUUGUAUAUUUGGCAAUUGGAAUUUCUUCGAUACCUAUCGAUGAGUUAUAUAGAAUCUCAAGUAUGAAACUUGAAGUAUUAGUUAUUGGUUGGAACCUUUCUAAUACAGAGAAUAUAGAGCUAUCGAAGGAAGAAUGCGAAAAACUAGGAAAAUUUUUACCAACGUCAUUACAUCAUCUAUAUAUUGACUUCCCAAUGACACCAUCACAACUCGAAGUGGUUCUUCAUAAUUGUGUUAUGCCGCCCAUCAUUAGUUUAAAGUUUGGAUUAUUAGAUUUUGAGAAAUGUGCCAUAGCAACUUUAAAGCGUGCGAAGGAGACUAAUGGAUUUCAAGAGGUGAGGAUUGUAAGACCGACACUAAAAGCUGUAACUAUGAUAGAGAAGAUAUUACAAAAGGAGAGAUGGGAAAAUAGCCUUAUUCGUAUGGUAGGAUUUGGACGAAUAAUUGGAAUUAAAGUUGGAAUAGAGCGUGAAGAGCCAUUUGGGGCUUGUGAAAUACAACACUAA